UAAAUCAAAUCGUGUUUGGAGGUCAUCAGAUAUUUUGCAGUGAACCAGUUCCACCAAAUAGCACUAUUUUUGACCCAUCAAUCGAAAGGAUAUUACGCCAUUUGGAGACUGGCCAAAUUAGGUAGGUUUUAGGGAAGCUUAACCUUGCCUUAAUAUGCCUAGGGCUAAGUAGGAGAUCCUUUCAUGGACUCCUCGCACUUAAAUUUUGAUUCAGUAGUCAUCCCUGAAUAGUAACGUCGCUUAUUCCCAAGUUCAGCUCAGACUUUAUGUCCCCAAAGGAUGCAAAAGGAUAGACUUUGCUGUAACGAACUAUGCGCCGAUCCUCUAUAUCUGUGGUUUUACGUAUGGUACCACGGUUUUCGGGCUUCCAUUCAUAUUUAAUGGCAUUGGAUACCAUUUUGGCAGAGCAUUCAAGGGUUUUUUGAAUGUCCUUAUAUGUUUUUCCUUCCUUUCUAAGCUUAAAAAUUAACAUUCUUUUCUCCUGGGAGCAGUGGCGCCCUCUACCCACUAAAAUAAAAAUUUUUAAUUUUUUUUUUAAUUUAUUGCCCUUUAAAAUAUACGAAUUAACUUAACCAAACUCACUUUUUAGAAAAUAUUGAUCAUUUCGAGACUUUACAAUGGACAAAACCAGAGACUGCUAUUCUUAUGAACAGCCUAAAAGUGGUGAAUUUGCUCAAGAAUGUAAAUAAAAAAAGGAUAACAUGAAAAACUGACGGGAUUUUCUUUUUUUCUAUAUCUAUAUAUUCCAUUUUACAAAAAUAAGUGGAAAAAAAAGUGGAAUCCAAAAAGGGACAUGGAGAAAUACAUUUGUGUUUCUUAGUUUCCAUCGCACUGCAUUGGUCUAUAGCCAAUUAAUUAGUUAGUUAGUACGAAUGAACGCAAGGUCCGCCUCGAUCUUACAUUUUGAAUUUAUAUCUUUUAAAAAAGCCAAUUCAAAACAAGAAUCGAGUUGACCGACUAUCAGGUACCCGUUAUCAUAAUUUUUCUGGGAUAUCAAGAAAUAUUGGGAAAUAUAAUAAGAAAAAUUUUAAAAAUUGUUCCAAAUUGUGGGUUUGACCGAUUUGGCGGCUUUAGGGCGUUAGAGGGGGCGUGGCGUCUCUUUGUUUGUAUGCUGAAUCUCAACCUUAUAGCUUGAGAACUCAACUGUUCGCGAUUCGCUUGCAAAGGCGUUUGUUCAAUUCGAUAGAGAAAAGUCACUGAAGAAUUACAAGACAAAAAGUGAAAAAGCCUUGGAAAGCGAAUCAAUAUAGACGAUAUGAAAUGAUCUGAUAUUUCUAAUUUGUGAUUUGUAUUCUUCAGCUAUGCAUUGUCUUCAAUAUCAUUAAAUAUUUAUCUUCUGACUAGGACUUCAAAAACAAUAACAAGCACAUCUUCAAAAAUCGAUCAUCAGCCGAUCGAUAACAGAGGAGCCAGUAGUGUUGUUCACUGAAAUGACAAUUCUGUUAAGAACUUUUUUUUUCUUUUUUUUUUACUUUUUUUCUGAGCCAAAAGGACAAGUCAAUACGACUGAGGACUACGACCAGUGUAUCGCUCUAUAAUCGGCAAAUUGUUUUGGUUUGUUACUUAAAUAAUCAAGACUGCGCCAAGUCAUAAUGAAGCCAAAGAAGGAAACAAAGCUACCGGCAUCCAAUUGGAUGAACAAGAGAUUCCAAUCGACGUUGAUGCGUUCUCCUGAGCCAAAUUUUGCCAUGUCCAAGGGGAUGAAAAAGAAGACUGUGUCCUUUUCACGAUUCAUCCGCGACGAUCGUGCUGCAGGGGGCCGCCCGACCAAUUGGGUAAAAAAGAAGACUGUUUCGGCGCGGCCACUCGUCCGCGCCCAUCUUUCCAUAGAGGACUUGGCCCAUCAAUUGGCCAGCAUGUCCUUGAAUAAUCUGCCGUCGAUGCAACCGCGUCGUCAUAACUCUAUCACCAACGAGUUUCCAGAUGAUCCACCUAAGCCAGCUUUCAACUGCCGCUCCUCGCUCGUCCGACGCAACUCAAUAAACCUCCCAAUUGAGGCCAAUUUUGCCAAGUCCGUGCUGAUGGGGAAUGAUGAUGAUGAUGAGGAGGAGGAGGAGGAGGAGGAGGUGGAGGUGGAGGAGGAGGAUGAAGUACAGGAUCUAAAUGAGCCAGCUACAUCGACCUCGCAGGACGCAAUCCCGAAGCCGUCCAAGAAUUUCGGCUUUACCUUCUAG